AUGGCUGAACGCGCGAACAAGCGGAGGCGAUUGAGCCCGCCGGAGGAUGGUGCAAGAGCUGUGCCAGGCUUCGCCAACCACGACCUCGAGGCCGACUAUGCAGAACGACUUGCGAAGAAGAAGACGACGGAGAAGCAGAAGGACAAAUUGAUGAUCAAGACGCAAGAGGGACGACUUGCUGACAAUCCACGUCAUGAGGGCGGAGAAGGUGCAGAAGGAGAUGCAGACAGCUUCCUUGCCCGCGGCGGCGACGACGGCCAUGGCGACGGCGAUUCUGGAGUGGCAGACCUGCAGCCAAAGCCGAAACCAAAGAAACCUCGACUACCGCCCAAGGAAGAGAUCAGGCUGGCCAAAGAGGACCUCGCAAAGGUCGCGCAAUUCAUAAGCGAAGACCCGGAAGAGCACGUCGCGCAGCUGGGCAUGUUGACGGAAUUGGCCAGCCACGAGAACAUCACCGUUCAGAAGCUGGCACUUGCGACGCAAUUGGCAGUCUACAAGGACAUCAUCCCCGGCUAUAGGAUCCGACCUCUCUCACAAGCAGAUCUCAACGGCAAAGUCUCCAAGGAAGUCAAGAGGCAACGAACAUUUGAACAAGGCCUGCUCAAUGGCUACAAAAACUAUCUAUCCACACUUUCGCAUCUUGCAGUUGCAAAGACGAGCAAGAGGAUUGACCAGCAGGCUGCGUCGGGUCUCGCAACUGUUGCCAUAUCAUGCGCCUGCACGCUUUUGACAAGCCUUCCUCACUUCAACAAUCGUGGCGACCUCAUGCGCAUCCUGGUUAAGAAGUUGGCAAGCAGAAGUUUCGACUCGGAUUCGGCAAAGUGUCGCGAAGCCAUCGAGAAGCUGUUCCAGGAAGAUGAGGAAGGGCAUGCAUCGUUGGACAUGGUCACGCAACUCACCAAGAUGAUGAAAGGCAAGAGCUACAAUGUCCACGAGAGUGUGCUUAACACGUUCCUGCACUUGCGACUGCUGAGUGAAUUCUCUCACAAAGCCGCGCCGAACCACAUCGAUAAGGAUAAGCCUGAGGAGAAUGUCAGGAAGCCAAAGGCAUACAAGAAGGAAUUCAGGACGAAGCGAGAGAAGAAGGUCAUGCGGGAGAGAAAGCAGGUUGAAAAGGAAAUGAAGGAAGCCGAUGCCGCAGUUUCGUACGAAGAACGCGACAAGAAUCAAGCCGAGACGCUGAAGUUGGUGUUUGUGGCGUACUUCCGGAUACUAAAGGAGCGGGUGCCGCAUCUGAAGGGAGCGGUCCUGGAAGGCUUGGCCAAGUACAGUCAUCUCAUCAAUCAGGACUUCUUCGGGGACGUGUUGGAGGUGCUGAAGGACCUGAUCAACGAAGCCGAAGCAGCGAUUGAGAAUGACCCAGAGGAUGAGGAGGACGACGAAGAUCUGGAAGUCGACGAUGCAGCACGACGAAGCGCAACUCGAGAAAGUCUGCUCUGCAUCAUCACGGCAUUCGCACUCCUCCAAGGCCAGCUGGAUGUCGCGAAGCAAGCCACCGCACUAUCCCUCGAUCUCACCUUCUUCAUCAAGCAUCUUUACCGAACCUUGAUACCACUCUCCAUGGAUCUCGACAUUGAACUUGGCGGCAAGAUAGCACAUCUGUCAGAUCCGAACGGCCUGCACGUACCCUCCACCAAAGAGAACAAGGUCAACGUUUCCACGACUGCUGUCCUUCUGCUGCGCUCAUUGCAGUCGGUACUCCUUCCACCAACCAACACGAAAUCGGUCCCUCCGGUUCGAGUCGCAGCAUUCAUCAAGCAGCUGGAGACACUAUCGCUACACCUUCCGCAAAAGAGUGCCAUCGCUGUACAAGAGCUGUUGAAGCAAGUGACCAAGACGCACAGUGGGCGGAUCGCGGCGCUAUGGCACACGGAAGAGAGGAAAGGCGAUGGCGUGUUUGAUCCGCUGAGUCAAGAAGUGGAGAGCAGCAAUCCCUUUGCCAGCACGGUGUGGGAAGGUGAGCUUUUGAGACAUCAUUUUGACCCGAAAGUCAGGGAUGCCGUGAAAGCAGUGGAGGGCAAUGUCAAGACAUCUAGAGGUUAG